GUACGACUCACGGUCUUUAAGCAGUCUCGAAUAGACCGCCGUAGAAAGGGUCAUUUACUUUCUCUUUUCUCAGCAUAGACAACUUCCGGGAGUACUUCAAUGUGCUGCUCGCGUAUGAAUCUGCACCUAUGCCCGCCCUCGAGCCUGGACGAAGGGACGACUCGUCAAAGGACUCGAAUGCCCACCAGAGGGUCCCCCUGCAAACUCCUCAGACCCCUAUAGCGAAAAUCCAACAACCUUCCCUAGAAAAAAAUGGGCUGUCACACUGGAACACCUCCAAGUUAGGCUUGAGAGUGGGUGCGGAUCUCAUAUCUGCAGCAAGUGCAUCAGGCCUGAUAGCACCUGUGAUAUGUGUCAUAGACCGUUCAAUAGUUGAAAAGGCUGCCAAAGGAGAAGCGUUCUCGUCCUGUCUCCUACGUUCCCUCCGUCCGGCCUGUACACAACCACAUAGAUUUCUCCUUUCUAAACCGUUCCUCCUCAUAUUCGGUCUUUACUUCUUGACCUACACCACAGCCAACACAGUCGACACGCUCACCUCGACAGUAUCUUCGAAACCAGCUUCGGCAGUCUCCUCUGGGCCGGCCAAGUUCCUCGCGACUUCGUCCGUGAAUAUGAGUUUGUGCGUGUACAAGGACUCGCAAUUCGUCCGCAUGUUUGGCGCCCCGUCGCUGGCAGCAGCAGCCGCCGUACCUAGGCUCUCAUAUGCCCUAUUCGCUGUACGAGACAGCAUGACCAUAUUCGCCUCGUUCAAUCUUCCUCCCAUCAUUGCCCCACAACUGGCGAAUCUGGCCCCGAGCGUAAGAUCUCGGUUCUCCAAGCUUCUCAGCACGGAGUCAGGGCGAGCGAACACCGCACAAUUUUUGGCUCCUGCGGUGAUUCAGCUCUUUUCCACGCCAAUCCAUCUUCUCGGGCUAGACUUAUACAACAGACAAGGACGGCUGGGACUCGUGGACCGGUACUCUCGAGUUCUCCGGGACUGGGGUGUGAGCACGCUUGCGAGAAUGGGAAGAAUCAUUCCUGCCUUUGGUGUGGGCGGCGUUGUCAAUGCGAACGUGCGUAAAGAUUUAAUGACCAAAAUUGACGCCGCAUGAACCUUGAGACCGGAAGGUACAGGUAUUAGAAGUUGAUUCUCUCAAAAAGCAACUCGGUUUCAGGAUCGGAAGGUUGGUAUCGAAUACGGUUGGCAUUCGUGGUUGCAGGACGAUAUGGGACACUGGUACAUGGGUAUCUUCAAUAAUAUUAGAUAAAAUGAGCGCAGACAUGUCUCAGAAAGCACACUCAAUACGAAAUU